AUGCCUCGUGACUCCCCUCCGCUUCAGUUGGCUGGUGAUGCACCGCGUGAGCAUGUGCCUGAGAUGACCACGAGCGAGACGACCACGACAAACGUCACAACAGAAUCAAAGGCAACGCCCACCAAAUAUGAGCCUGAAUCAGAACGAGAAAUAACACCUCGCGAUUGUCAAUUACCAAAACCCGCCGAGACUGCAGAGGUUGACUCUAAGCAAGAUCUCCCCACCACUUCCACGACACAAGACAGUUCGCAACCGAACGCGGAGCCGGCGACAUUCUCGGGAUCGAGCAGUUUCAGCACCACCCCAGCCAUGAAAGAUUCUCCGUCCCCAGAACCCAGCGCAAAGGAGCGGAGCCCUAGCACGAGCGGCAGCGGCACCGUGAAGCGGACACCAUCACCUUCCGCCUCCCUGCUUACCGACAGCUCUUUCUCCACCUCCAAGACCACUAGCAGCUCAGGCAGCUCUAAUGGCACGAUCUAUGGAAGAGUCGACAGACCCUUGGCGCGCUUCUGGCUCGGGAAACAGGAAAUCGCCAUCCACCCAAAGCAGCGCAUCCUCCGGUUCUUCGCCGAGACGGAGCGAUACGUUUUCUGUAGGCGAUCACGAAACGGACCGGAGCAGCAGCCCCGAGAAUAG